AUGCGUCUGGAAGUGGGAGGAAAGAAGCAAAGCGUUCGGUACGCCAACGCGAUUUUGCGCUUUAUUGGCAGAUUUUACGAAGGCAUGGAGGUGUAUGGAAGCACCUUCUUCGAGUCUGCAGAGGUGGACUCCUGGCUUGAUUGGUGCGAGAUGGAGCUCAGUAGCCCUCCCCCGCAGCCAGAACAGGCUUUGGAGACCCUCGAGAAGCAUCUGGAUCAGCGAGUAUUCCUGAUCGGACAGCGCUUCACCAUUGCAGAUGCCUCCGUAAGCGUGGCUCUUCACCACUUGCAGGCACAGGGCCUGGCCGCUUCGCUUCCUCGUGCGACGAAGCGGUGGUUGGGCACGUGCAUGGCACACGAGGCCUUUGGAGCUGUGGUCAAAGGCGCCAAGCCCGCCACAGGAUCCAAGGCACCUGCGCCAGCUGGGCCAGCGAUGCCAGCGGCAUCAGCCUCCGCUCCGAUGGCGCCGAAGGCCGCCUCGGAUCAGCCGCUCCUGGAUCGCUACAGCAAUGCAGUUGGUGGUCGCAUCGAAAUCAAGCGAAUCAUUGCUACCCCAGACCAGGGUCAGAGCCUGGUGGGCAAGAAGGUCUCUGUGUGCGGCUGGGUGAAGACGGCCAGAGAGGCAGACAAGGGGAAGAUCAUGUUUGUCCAACUCAACGACGGAUCCACGCCCUUAGACAUCCAGGUGGUUAUUGACUCAGCAGCAAAAGGUUUCGACAGCCUUAAAGGCAAAGUGGGCACUGGAGCGUCGAUGAAGUGCACAGGGGAGGUGGUGUCAUCUCCUGGUGGAAAGCAAGCAGUUGAGAUCCUUGUGAAGGCUGAAGGAACAGAGGUCAUCCUCUUCGGCGGUGUGGAUGCAAAGGAAUAUCCACUCUCGAAGAAGGGGCACAGUCAUGAGUUUUUGCGGUCUAUUGCGCACUUGCGCCCGCGGUCGAAUUUGAUCGGCUGUGUCGCGCGGGUACGAAGUGCACUGGCACAUGCCACGCACGAGUUUUUUAGGACAAACGGUUUCCUGUACGUUCACACUCCACUUAUCACAGCUGCAGAUUGUGAAGGGGCAGGUGAGAUGUUCCAGGUGACUACGAUGAUGGCAGAAGCUGAAAAGGAUGGGAAGCAAAUGCCCAUGGUUAAUGGCAAGUUUGACUACACAAAAGAUUUCUUUCAGAAGCCAGCCUUCCUGACAGUCAGUGGGCAGCUGUCAGUGGAAAACUACUGCUGCUCACUGUCCAAGGUAUACACCUUCGGGCCAACUUUCCGGGCCGAGAACUCUCACACUUCUCGGCAUCUUGCAGAGUUCUGGAUGAUUGAGCCGGAGCUUGCCUUUGCCGACAUUCAUGAUGACAUGAACGUGGCAGAGGAUUAUCUGAAGUACUGUGUCAGCUUUGUCAUGCAGAACAACAAACAGGACCUGGAGUUCUUCGAGGACAAGAUUGAGAAAGGGCUCAUCAAGAGAUUGGAGAACCUGCUUGCCGAACCCUUUGCGCGCAUCACCUACACUGAGGCGAUAGACAUCCUGAUCAAGGAGUCGCCAAAAGCCAAGUUUCAGGUGCCGGUUGAAUGGGGUAUGGAUCUCGGCUCCGAGCAUGAGCGCCAUCUGGCGGAAAAGGUUUUCAAGAAGCCCACAGUAGUGUACAACUACCCCAAGGACAUAAAAGCCUUUUACAUGAGACUCAACGAGGACAACAAAACGGUCGCCGCGAUGGACGUCCUCGCGCCCGCGAUAGGGGAGGUCAUUGGAGGCUCCCAGCGUGAGGAGAGGCUGGACGUAUUGGACAGACGCAUCACGGAAAUGGGACUCGAACCACAGGAUUACUGGUGGUACAGAGACCUGAGACGGUUCGGCUCCGUGCCGCACUCCGGCUUUGGUCUGGGUUUCGAGCGAUUGAUCAUGCUGACCACCGGCGUCGAGAACAUCCGCGAUGUCAUACCCUAUCCUCGGUACCCAGGACAUGCAGAGUUCUGA